AUGACCCCUGAAACAAUCGGUGAACAAAAAUCUGUGUUUGAUUUUUAUGUCAAGGAUGCUAAGGGAGGUAUUGCUAAUCUCGCAACUUAUAAGGGAAAAGUUCUGCUGAUUGUCAAUGUUGCUUCUCAAUGCGGCUUAACCGACUCCAACUAUGCUGAGUUGAAUCAACUAUAUGACAAGUAUAAAGACCAAGGCUUCGAGAUUUUGGCAUUUCCAUGUAAUCAAUUUCGCGACCAAGAGCCCGAAACUAGUGAUAAAAUUGUGGAGUAUGUUUGCACUCGCUUCGGAUCAAAAUUUCCCAUCUUUGGUAAGAUUAAAGUGAAUGGGUUCCAUUCUGCUCCUCUGUAUAAAUUCUUGAAGUCAGGGAAAUUUGGAGUAAUUUUUGGAGAUGACAUUCAGUGGAACUUUGCUAAGUUUUUGAUUGAUAAGGAUGGCCAAGUUGCCGCUCGCUAUUAUCCUACCACUUCUCCUCUUAGCCUUGAGCAUGAUAUUUGUCAGCUACUUUGUGACGGCAAGCUACUUUGUGUUGAGUAA